UUCCAUCUCACGUAUCUCAACUAAUUCGCUCUCCUCUCUUUGAAGUUUGAAGUCUUUGUUUGUUUCAAGAGAACAAAGAAGGAAAUUUCCGAUGGCGCCCAAAGCCGACAAGAAGCCAGCGGAGAAGAAGCCUGCCGAGGAGAAGAAAUCCACGGUUGCGGAGAAGGCUCCGGCCGAGAAGAAGCCAAAGGCCGGAAAGAAGCUCCCGAAGGAAGGUGGAGCCGUUGCCGGUGAUAAAAAGAAGAAGCGGACCAAGAAGAGCGUUGAGACAUAUAAGAUCUACAUAUUCAAGGUGCUCAAGCAGGUCCAUCCCGACAUUGGGAUCUCAAGCAAGGCCAUGGGGAUCAUGAACAGUUUCAUUAACGACAUCUUCGAGAAGCUUGCCCAGGAAGCUUCGCGGCUGGCCAGAUACAACAAGAAGCCUACGAUCACCUCCCGGGAGAUCCAGACCGCAGUGCGCCUCGUACUGCCUGGUGAGUUGGCUAAGCACGCCGUCUCUGAAGGGACCAAGGCCGUCACCAAAUUCACUAGCUCUUGAAUUGUACGGUUGCAGGGUUAGGGUUUGUGACGAAAUUGGGGGUGAAAGUUAGGGUUAGGGUUUCGCAUUAUUCUCUAUGCCUUCAUCCCCUUUUUUUUUGUUUGUUUUAAUCUUUUGCUUUAAAGUAGUAGAUGCACGUGGGGAUGUAAGUACAUUAUAUGCUUUAAGAUGGAAUGGAAAAGCUUAUGAUUUUACCAAA